UAUCUCUCUGAAACUGAACCUGUAACCGCUCCCUCACUCACACACAUAGCGUGAGCUCGUAAUGCUAAACACGUCGUCGUUUCAACGCCAUGAACACCGAGUGACCGGAGAAUCACCGCCGUGAAACCCCAAACCGACGACGGCAACAAACAAACAAUGGAGUGCGUUGGAGCCAGAAACUUGGCGGCAAUGGCGUUUUGUGUCAGUCCUUCUUUGAGGUUGCGGUUACGACGGAAGAAGCUCUGGAGAAGACGAGUUUCAUCGUCCGGCCACGCCGUUCGCUGGCGUUCGCAUUGUCUGAAGGUGGAGGCCACGGCCGCCGGCGCGGGGACGAGUAGCGAGAGCUGCGUCGUUACUAAGGAGGAAUUCGCCGACGAGGAGGAUUAUGUUAAAGCCGGCGGCUCUGAACUUGUUUUCGUUCAAAUGCAGCAGAAGAAAUCCAUGGAAAUGCAAUCCAAGCUUGCGGAUAAGUUGCAACCUAUUUCUAUAGGAGAUGAUAUACUGGAUAUUGUUGUCAUUGGUUGCGGUCCGGCUGGUCUUGCUCUGGCUGCUGAAUGUGGCAAGUUAGGAUUAAAAGUGGGGCUUAUCGGUCCGGAUCUCCCUUUCACAAACAAUUAUGGUGUUUGGGAGGAUGAAUUUAAAGGUCUUGGACUUGAAGGUUGUAUUGAACAUGUUUGGAAAGAUACCAUUGUUUAUCUCGAUAAUAAGGAUCCCAUUUUAAUUGGACGUUCUUAUGGACGAGUUAGUCGACAUCUGCUUCAUGAGGAGUUGUUGAAAAGGUGUGUUGAGUCAGGUGUCUCAUAUCUUAGCUCAAGAGUAGAAAGAAUUGUUGAGGCUAGCAAUGGUAAUAGUCAUGUUGUCUGUGAAUAUGAUAUUAAAGUUCCCUGCAGGCUUGCUACUGUUGCAUCAGGAGCAGCUUCAGGGAAACUAUUGCAGUAUGAGGUUGGGGGUCCAAAGGUGUCUGUACAAACAGCUUAUGGUAUCGAAGUUGAGGUGGAAAACAAUCCUUAUGAUCCGAACCUGAUGGUUUUCAUGGAUUACAGAGACUACAUGAAGCAAAAUGUACAAUGUUUAGAAGCUAGUUAUCCAACAUUUCUUUAUGCGAUGCCCAUGUCUUCUACAAAAGUGUUCUUUGAGGAAACCUGUUUGGCAUCAGAAGAUGCUAUGCCUUUUGAUUUAUUAAAGAAAAAGCUCUUUUCAAGAUUAAAUACGAUGGGGAUCAGAAUUACCAAAACUUAUGAAGAGGAAUGGUCGUAUAUCCCUGUUGGUGGAUCCUUACCAAAUACAGAUCAAAAGAACCUUGCAUUUGGUGCAGCUGCAUGCAUGGUGCAUCCAGCCACAGGCUACUCCGUUGUGAGAUCUCUAUCAGAAGCUCCAAAAUAUGCUUCAAUAAUUGCUACUAUUUUGAAAGAGAGUCAUGCAAGGGGCAUUGUUACACAUAACAGAACUAAGGAGAAUCUAUCUAUGCAAGCUUGGAAUGGACUUUGGCCACAAGAAAAGAAACGGCAGAGAGCAUUCUUUCUUUUUGGAUUAGCACUUAUUCUGCAGCUGGACAUUGAGGGCAUUAGAACAUUCUUCCGUACUUUCUUCUGCUUACCUACUUGGAUGUGGCAAGGAUUUCUUGGCUCCUCUCUCUCCUCAAGAGAUCUUGCAUUAUUUGCUCUCUACAUGUUCAUAAUAGCACCAAAUAACUUGAGAAUGAAUCUAGUCAAACAUCUGCUUUCAGAUCCUACUGGGUCAACUAUGAUAAGGACCUACUUGACGAUAUAGUACGUUUCUAUAAUCUUCCUACUUAUUAGGUGCCCUGUCUCGGGAAACAAGUUAGAUUACAUUAGGAGCUAUAUAGAAGUAAGUAGGUUCUUGUAUGUAUAUAUAUUUCCUAAAACCAGAUAUGUUAUAAUUUUUAUAUCUCUUUUGCUAGAAUGUGUCCAUUUUGUAUGAUUCUCCUAACUCUUGUGGUGAUAGAGUCAAAGUUAGAAUGUUUACCCGUC